AUGCUGGUGUGGCACAUUCAAGAUAUCUCUCGUGUCAUUACUUCUUCUAUCCCUCUCCCGGAUCACCGUUUGCAGGUCGCCACCUACACAGUUGUCACAGCCCAAGUCAUCAUCAUCAGCGAGUCGAGUCGAGACGGGCGGAUGCGAUCAACAAGGUCCAAGAUUCUAAGCAGCAAGUUCGACGGAGGAGAAGGACAACCAAAGCCCGGGAAGAUUCAUCGCAAGAACAGUCGAUCUCGCUGCCAGCGGCCAACAAAAACAAAGAUUCGAAAGGGUGUCGAAGUGCAGGCUUCAAGAUACGAGUUGUAA